ACCUCCAUGACUCCCAUCUCUGUAGCCCAUAAGGGCGCCAUGCACGGCAGACACCCUGGGGCAGAAGGGGCGGUACGAUCCUACCUACAAGUUCAGCACACAGAUAGCAACCAUCUGGUCAUCCUCCUUGAGUGGACCAGCUCGCGAGAAGCCACCGGGAUGGAGUGGGUCAUCUAUAGGCUGUUCUAGCUGAGAGGAAAAGUUUAAGCCCCCACACCACGCCAAGGCGGUUCCUUUUGCGAUGGCUGCUAGAUUUACUGCAGGCUUUAUCCCUUAUCAAUUCAGGGUUCUUGAAUGAUGAACAGCGGAAGUCGUCUUAGCUCUACAGCUGCUAGACAUGAUGGGUCUCACGGAACUACUGUGGUUCAUCGGCGAAAUACCAGUCAAAACCUGCCUUACAGAAAUCAGUCAUUUGGAAUGACACAUGAUUAUUAUAACCAUCAAAGUUUUGUCGGUCCAAGUACUAGUCAAAAUAGGUCAUAUAGAACUACCAUAGCAAGCUCUCGACUUCAGACUGACAGAGACCCAUAUAAUACCCAUUUUGCAAACACUGCUAAGAACCAAAGGGAUCAGUUUGAUGCACAAGACUGGUUCGGUCGAAAGAGAGUAGCUGAAGUCAAUGCUGCAUCCACUGAAGGGUGUAUUACAUUAGACCAUGAUCCCAUAGCAUUGUUUGGAGCCCAUUAUAUGCAGAGUGAUUGGUAUAGAGCAUUACAAUCUCGUCCUCACUCCAUGUAUUCAGAUUUAGCAAGGAAAUUAUUCACUGAUUUCAAACUUGUGCCAGAAACAGGGAAAAUAAUAAUUCCAACAAAAUACAAGACUAUAUUUGAUGAUCACGAUUCUCGGCCUUUCUUUCCAAGACAUCCAGGGGAUUCAAGUCAGACUGCAUUAUUUGAAAAUCGUGAGGAUGCUCAACAGUCUUCCAAAAUUCGCCAACCACAGCAAGGGUGUUCUAAUGGAGCCUUUGGGGAAAAUAGACCGAAAUUGCCUCCAAAAGAAGACCAGAGUUUGAACCCCAGUGUGCUUUUGGUCUCCAAAGAGACUGGGGAAGAUAGCCGACAAGAAAAUACCUUCGGGGAGGAGUUGAUCAAGACAGAAUCUUUCUUGCAAGAAGAAUUUGGUCUCCAAGUGAAAGAAGAGGUGCCAUGGUGGUGAAUGAAUACCUUUAUCAUUGUAACUGCGCCAGUAGUUACUGAUACUAUGUUUAGUUUUUAAACUUGUUUCACAUUUUGUAAUAUUACCAGUGCGCCCAUUUCUAUUCUUUCAUUAGUAAGAAAGUUUGCUUUAUUAUUUGAAGAGGGUUUUGCAAAGGAAGUACUAAUUGGGCGGCUUGGAAAUGUAACUAAGUUCUAUCCCAUAUUUACAAUUAGUUUGCAUCUUUAGUCAUUGCUGCACUGCAAAGCUCAUUAGAAUAUGUAAAUAUGACCUGAAAGUCCUUUUAUUUCGGAUUAGAAAUAAACGCGAAAUCAUUUAUUUGGUGUAGUUUCCAAGUUUGGAAAGAAGGGAGGAGCUGUGCAGUUUGACGUCUUAGGACUUGUAGCCCUGAGAAUUUCAGUCAAAGAUCCGCCAUGAUGGGUCACAAUCAAUGUUUUCGUUCUAAUUGUAAUUAACUUUAUGUAUAGCUAUUUCUUUGUUUCACAUUUUUAAAUAAUUUCCUGACCAGUUUCCUUCCCUUGCCUUUUUUGCAUAAUAAACAAGUUUUCUUUUAUUUUUCUUGCAAGUUUUGAGAAAGGAAUACCAAUUACGCAAUUUAGAAAUGCAAUAAUGAACUACUUUCUGCGCCAUACUUGUAGUUUGAUUUACAUCAGCAUUCAUUGUUUCACAUUCAUGUUCAUUGCAUUUAAAUAAGGCCUGCCAUAAUAGAGAAUAAUAAAAAAAACAUUUUCUUUGUAAUUCUGCUUGCGGUAAUAAAUUUAAUGUUCUCAUA